AUGACUUUCAUAACUAUCGACCAAACGGAUAAAGACGAGGCUCCUAGCAAGCCUCGUCAAAUAGAUAUUGAGACUAUCGCCAAGUUAAAUCAAGAAAAUAAGGCUUUGCUUGAAAAAUAUAGAGAACUAGAAGAGGCCUACGAAGCAGUAAAUGCAAAUUUCAAUCACCUAUCUGAGACCGGUGAAGCUUCAGAAUUAACCGCGCACUUCCAAGCAAAAUGUGACGAAAACAAAAAACUCACAAUACACAACGCAAAUCUUCAAGCUUGUAUAAAGAAACAAGAAAGCGUCGUGGAAGCACAUAGAAAGCUUGAGGAAUUAUUCAGACAGAGAGAAAACGAUAAUGAAACGCUUCGAGAGACGAACAGUAAGCUAUCAUACCAGAUAAAUGAACUUAAGGCAUCUCUUGACAAACAAUCCGAAUAUCCCCGUAUUGUUGCCGAGUUAACUCAAAAGUUCCGCACUCUAUAUGAGACGAUGCAGCAACAGGCGAAAGAAGCAGAGCUACAAGCCGAGGAGAACAACGGUCUUAAGCUAGAUAACGAGAGUCUGAAGGAAGAACUCGAAAAGUUACAAAAGCUUCAUCUCGACCUUACCGAAAAGUUCGAAAAAUGCGAAAAAACCAUUAAAGAUCUCAACAAAAAAGUAGCGGAUUGCGAUAGCGAGUUUACUCAUAUGUUCAAUGAGUAUAAGACACUCAAACUGAAUUAUGAUAAACUUCGAGCAAAGUAUUCGAGUUUUGAGGACGAAUCUAAUACCGCAGAGGGCAAAGAAAAAGUGGAGGAUUUACUCAAGUGUCGAGCCAUCAACAAGGAGCUCACCAGUCGUGUUACCACCUUGGCCGAUGAAUUGGAAUCUAUCGGAAGAUUAUCGGACGGGCUACGAAGAAGGAAUGAAAUCCUCGAGAACGAAAACAGGGUGAUGAAGGAGGAACUACUUGUUGCUCAUGCUGCUCUUCAAGCAGCGAAGCGUCAACCCACGGAAAGUUGUCAUACAUCGGUUGAACUUGUGAAGCAAAUAAAGUCAUUGCAACGAUCGCUACAGGUCUUCACUUCAGUCAAGGGCGCCGAUUUUACAAUUAAUAAGGAAGCUAGUGUGAAGCUAUUGAGAGAAUAUGACGCCUCUUCCAUAGUAGAUGGACAAUUUCCAAAGUUGCUUCUCAGCUGUGUACUUCAACGGAAAAUUCUUGAACUUGUCUUUGAAUAUACUAAUAACUUCUUCAAGGAAACCAUUUCCGCUUUUGACAAAGUCAGCAAUGGUAAUAGAAAUAGAAUAGCUAUUACACAUGAGUUGGUCAAUUUGACCAAUAACGCUGCCGUUGUUCAAGCUGCUGAUAUCGAUCCAUCCAAGAUCAGAGAUGUCAAUUAUAAUUCCCUACGGUCACAUAUAUUCGAGAAUGUUAAGCCGCUUGUUGAUAAAAUACUUUCCGUGAUGAAUGACUGCCGAAGUAUUAAGAGCUCCAGAAAAUCCAGGUUGUACGAGGAGGUCAUCAACGUUGUGUUCAAUGCCAUCUCGUUGUAUGCCUUCCCUACAAAUAAUCAGUGUUCAAUGUUGGAAUUUGUAUUCUUUGACAGUGGGACUCUGUUUGACGAACAGAAGAUGGAAGGAGCAUGCGGAGAUGAUAUUUCUUCUGAUAGAGCAGAGAUUGCCGUUUGUUAUUUCCCAAUGAUAAAAUCUCCCAAUUCUGAUAUUGUAUUUAGUAAGGCCGAAGUGAGAAUGCGGGAGGUAUUAAUACGACCCAACUGA